AUGGCUCUGGGCCAAGCUGUCAACAUGAGUUUGAUGGACAUUUCGAAGAUCUUCUCCCUGCUGCAGCCUAAGGAGGAGGAUGAGGACAAUGAGCAGUGUCAGGCCUUGAACAACGCCGUGAGCAGCGACGACGCGCCCCUGCUCUCCGAGCUCCUGUCUCAGGAGACUUACAGGAGGUCUAUCAAUGCUCGCAGCGGGUGGGGGGUCCCUGUGACCCCCCUACGCACCGCUGCUGCUCUGGGACACUUGAGGUGCUUGGAGCUGCUGUUGGAGCACGGUGCAGAGAUCGACAGCCUGGACGUGAAGGCCCAGACACCUCUGUUCACAGCUGUCAGUGGGAAACAUCUGGACUGUGUGGUGGCCCUGCUGAAGGCCGGAGCCGACCCUAACGGCAGCCAGUACAACAACUGUUCCCCGGUGCUGACUGCAGCCCGGGAGGGGGAUGUAGAAGUGCUCCGAGAGCUGCUGCGAUUCGACGCCGAGGUGGACGUCAAGCCCAAAGUCCCUGAGUGGGCCUCUAAUGCCACAUCCUGCAGAGGGCCCCUUUAUAUCUCAGCUGUUUACGGACACCUGGACUGCUUCAAACUGCUUCUCCUCCACGGGGCCAACCCCAACUACAACUGCACAGAUGAGAAGAUGCUGGCCAGGAUAAAGCAGCCAAAGACAGUCCUGGAGGUGUGUCUGCGGUACGGCUGCGGGGUGGAGUACAUCCAGCUCCUCAUAGACUUUGGGGCAGACGUGUAUCUGCCAACACUGAUCAUUGACAAGACUACGAAGCAGAAUGAAGCUCUGAUCCUGCUGCUCAAAGAGAGAGUUUGUCCCAAAACACUGAUGUCUCAGACUCGGCUGGCAAUUCGAAGACACCUCCCCUUUGCCAAUAAGGAGCCUGCUGUCGACAGGUUGGAUGUUCCUCUGAUCCUGAGGAACUACCUGAAGCACGACACCUCUGAACUCAUAUGA